UCUCCCGCUGUAAAUAUGAUUAUCGCCACGGCCUGUAGCCUCUGGUACGGUGGUAAACGGUGUGGGAGUGGAGGUGGAGGGGGCCCAGCAGCAGCAGCAGCAGCGGCAGCAGCGGCAGCAGCAGGAGGAGCUACCCUAGCAGUGAGGAGGUCCCCUCGGUACGCCACCCAGCAGUCCUCAGCCUCAGCUGCCGCAGCAGGCCGGCCCCGCAGGCACCACAGCAGGCCGCUGCACACCCACCACCACAACACCAAGCCAAAGGGUGGGAAGGGGGCCAGUGUGGGCAUAACCACCCAGAGCACCACCACCACCAACAACGCCAGUCCUAAGGCAGACCAGAGUGGUGGCCCAGCCCUAGAUACCAACCAGCAACAGCAGCACGACACCGCCGCAGCAGCCAACAACCUUGCCACCAACAACGCUACCACCACCGGUCGUAGCCACGCUCACCUCCCCCACGACCACCACCAUCACCACCACAACAACCACGACAUACCUCCACCCUACUCCACCCGGUCCUCUGCUGCUGCUGCAGCUGCUGCUGCAGCUGUUGCCCACCACCACAAUCACCACCACCACCACCACCACCACCACCACCACCCCAACCAGCGCCACAGCUCCCGAGGACCCCGACGUAACCGGAUGAGUAUGGGGCAAAAAGUUACAGGAGGGAUGAAGUCGGUGGGCCGGGGCGAGGGUGGUUCCUUACAGCCCCGCCUCACCCGGGAGCUGGCUAUGUCCCCAGACUACACUCGGCCCAAGCGGUUAGACCUUCUGCUGGACAUGCCCCCCGUGCCCCGUGAAGCCUCUCUCAAGCACGCCUGGAAUGCAGAAGACCGCUCUUUAAAUAUCUUUGUGAAGGAGGAUGACAAGAUGACCUUCCACCGACACCCAGUGGCCCAGAGCACCGACUGCAUCCGAGGGCGGGUGGGCUACACGCGGGGCCUCCACGUCUGGGAGAUCCACUGGUCCACCCGGCAACGUGGGACACACGCAGUGGUGGGCGUGGCCACUGAUGAGGCGCCCCUCCACUCUCAGGGUUAUCAGAGUCUGGUGGGAAGCAACGAUCAGUCAUGGGGCUGGGACUUAGGACGCAAUAAGUUAUAUCAUAAUGCAAAGCAAGGAAACUCUGGCAUUACAUAUCCUUCACUAUUAAACAAUGAUGAAACCUUUGUUGUGCCAGACAAGUUUUUUGUUGUCCUUGAUAUGGAUGAAGGGACUUUGGCAUUUGUGGUGGAAGGCCAGUAUUUGGGGGUGGCAUUCCGAGGGCUCAAGGGCAAGAAGCUGUACCCAAUUGUGUCGGCUGUCUGGGGUCACUGUGAAAUCACCAUCAGAUAUAUUGGAGGGCUGGACCCCGAACCGUUGCCGCUGAUGGACCUGUGCCGGCGUGUGAUACGGCAGGCUGUCGGGAACCUCGCCUCCAGGAUUGAGGAGCUGAACUUGCCUCCCUCGAUCACGCAGUACCUCCUGUACCACGACCGCAGGUGAUAGUGUGAGGUGGGCAGCAGUCCUCACAUCCCUCCUGCAGCAGCGACUCUCCGCCCCGGCCCGUGGCCCCCGGCCCCCCGCCCCCAGCCCCCAGCCCAUGGCACUCCUGCCUUAGCCCAGGUCCCAGGGGUCAUACUGCAGUGUGCUGGGGCAGAUGAACUCCACCUCCACAGUAUCAGUUGUUUGAUAAUCAAAACAUUCUCUCUAUGGAGGUGUUUUUACUGAUGGAAUUAUGUGUGCCAUAUGGCAUGUUUAGUUUAUGAGCAUAAUUUUAUGCACUUGAUCGUUUCAUUACAGAAUAUUAGAUUUUGAAACAAUGUAGGCAGUUUCAUUUAGAUGGCCAUAACCAGAGGCCAGUGCAACAUCUGCUGGUAGCAGCAGUCAAGUGCAUACAUGAGACUCUUAGAUAUACAUUUGUGUAUGUGUGUUAGUGUGGCCACCAGCCAUUGUGAUAGACCAGACAGACCAGCGUGCCACCCUACUCCUCAGGAAUGGCCGGAAAUGGAGGCACUGAACAGGGCAGCAUGCGUGUCUUGCACAAACAUUGCACCAAGUUCCAGGACAAUCAGCAGUGAGAAAAGUGGUGGUAAUGCAAAAAAUGUACUUGAACAAUGUAUCUCCUUUUGGACUAAGUGUGGUGAGGAAGGCAAAAUGUGACUUGUGAAUGAGAUCAAUGUGGUGGGUGGCAUGUCUUGAUGAAAGAAGCACUGCAGCAGCUGGCCUCCUAUCCCUCAUCCCAGUGUGGCAGGCUGAAGGGUGAAUCAUAAUGUCUUGCCCCUAGUCCUUACUCUAUUAAAUUUUGGGCUAUGCCAUGGAUGCUUCACUGUUUUAUGUAUUUUUUACUGUUAUUUAAGGUGGAAUAAAAUUGAAACCAGAAUACCUUGUCCAAUACCAGAUGAUGAGGCACUCCCAUCACUUGGGGCCAAGUGGCGACGACCACAACCCAGGACAGACUUCCUUAAUUGCCAGUUAUUUCAUUCAGUUCCAUCAUGUACUGUAUGCUUAAGUAUUUUUAAAGUGCCAUUUGCAGUAAGACUUUGGUAGGACUGGCAAGGGCUCAACUCACCAGCAUGUCAUGGCAUCAAGAUCUACUGUUCUAGUGUGUUCUUAUACUCCAACAUCUCACCUAGUACGCAGCAUCUUUGUACAAAAAUAUUAAAUAUUAAUACAA